AGAAAGAAAUAACGAAAGAACAGAACCAACGAAAGGUCGCUGCGCAUGCGUGUCUCUUGUUUCUUAUCGCACACAUCCACAAAUCUACUUCCGCCGAUUUUUAUGAGCUGGUUUUUCCCCCCAAGUUUUUAAAAAGAAAUCUUUUCUAAGUAUGUGAUCACUUCCCAGGAAAGAUACUUUUACGCAGUUCUUAAUUUGAGGGAUAGCCUGGGUUAUUUUUACAACACCUUUUUACUUUCAAUAUGGUUUGGAUUUCUUUUGAAAUUUAAUGGUGGUACAUCGUUGGGAGGAUAUCUGUGUGGUGGUGAUUUCCCUCAAGCAUUUGGUGCUCCCAUUCUUGAAGCUCUGAUUGUCAUCAGCCUCUAACCAAAAUGCAAAAGUUCCAAUUUAAACUGACAACUAGAGUUUGUUGCCAUGUAUUGAUACCUUGUUGCCUUAUAUUGUGCUGAAGUGGCACCUGACUAGAAUCAGUCUUCGGACGAAAACCUGAGGCCAAGACCCUGUUGGAACAGUCCAAUUGGUAUCAUGAUGGCCAACGCAGAGCAAGAUAUGCACAUGUGUCUCAGCUGUCAUCAGACCAUAGUUGGUUUGAUGAACUAUGUUCAGCACAAGCAGGCUGGCUGCCAAUCAACGAAGAGUAUUGCUCAGCAGGCUUUGAACAGUCUCGGUAAGAUCCCACCCACUGCAUCUGCCCAAGAUAUGUUUGAAACUGAUUGCAGCGAUGCCAGCACAUCUACCGUCGCUUCAGAGGAGCAUUGCGUGCUGGAACCAAGGUUGGAGACCAUCAGUCUGAGCAGUAACAUUGUUGACAAGGCUGCACUGGAGAAUUCUGCGCAACUGAAGACUGUCAACUUUACAGUCAGUGAGGAAUCUCACCCCAUUGAACUCCUGCAAGAACCUGUAAUCGUUACAACCGACACCAUUACUGAAGUCAGUGAUGUUGUCAAAGACGUAUCUGAAGCAGUCACUGCUGCAGUAGUCACCACAGAUGAACCAGCAGCUGAGAAAGACAACCAGCUGCCACAGGCUUCGCCUUCAUCCCCAGUUAAGAGUGGGGAGAAUUUCUUUCACUCUCUAGAACUUCAAUGCAAGAAGGAAGACAAUGAACGCCAUUGUUUGCCUCCAAAACAAAACCGAGCUGUGAACACAACAACGCUGGAUAAAGGUUCGGCCGGUAGUCACAGUGAUUUACCCAUCUCGAAUAUUUUUAGCAGUCUUGAUUUUUCCAGUGAUGAAGAGUUGGAUUUCUCCUAUACAGAAUUGUCGAGUGAUUCAAAUGAUUAUUCUUCUGAUGAAGACAAUGUACCUCCAAGAACUCACACAGGCGGUAAAUGGAAACCUGGCGAAGGUCCAUCGUCUUCUAAGAAUUUCCCUCAUCCCAGUUAUACGCGUGGCAAGUGGAAACCUGGAGAAACCCCUCAUGAGUUGCAGCUAAAUAAAAACAACACCAAUAUUUCUGCUGAUGACAGUUCUAUAUUGGAAGAUGUAACUGGUGUUGAAGAAAGCUCUACUAAUGUUGUUACCAGUAAAGAGCCAGAUUCAAGUAAUCUCAAAGAAAAUUACUGCUCUGCAUGUGACAGCUUCUGUUGUGAACAUGUAGAAAAAUCUGCCGAUUCCCCUAAAGACACUGCUGGAACGUCUAAAGACUCCAAUGAAGUUGUCAUCGCUGAAGAACAAUCUACAAAGAAACAGAAGAAGAGCAAAAAGGACAAUGGCAAAAGUUCUGUGCAUCAUUGCCAGAUAUGUGAUAAGUCUUUUUUCAGUAAAUAUGUCAUUGGUAGGCAUAUACUGACUCGAUAUCAUCAAAACCGGGCUAAAAAUCACCCAGAUGGCUUCCACGUUCUAGAGAAAUAUUACCGUUUCGUGAUCCGGCUCAGUCCAUUUCAGUGUGGAGUCUGCCAGUUUUAUUUCAACCGAGAGAAUGAUCUGAUGGACCAUAUGAACACUAGCGAACAUUCAAAGAACUGUCUUGCUCUCGUGGGUCCUAUGUUUUGUACCGUUUGCAGCCUUAAGCUGUCUUCCAAUGCUGAGAUGUUAAAUCAUUUAACAGAAGACCUCCAACAUAAGGAGGCACUGGAACGACAAAAGCAGUUGUGCAUCAUUAAAGAGUGCCGCUACCAGAUUCAGUGCCCUUUCUGCGAUAUAAUGAUGCACUCGUCAGUUCGUCUCCGCCGUCACAUAAGACAUAAACAUAAGAGUGGCAAAAAGGUGAAGGCUUCACCGAGGCGCAAGGGCCGACACAAACCUGAGUGUCCUCAUUGUAACAUUCAGUGCCACUCAAUGUCAUCGUUGGAAAUCCACAUACGAAGGCGUCACACCAAAGAGAAACCCUUUUCUUGUAACUCUUGCAAUAAGAAUUUUUCUGACAGCUACUCAUUGAAGCUGCAUUUGAAGACAGACAGGCAUAAUAAGAAACUGACCAGUGAGCGGGUGAGUACACCUCGGCGGAAGAAGAAGACUUUCAAUCCUGAUUUAAUACCAACUGAUGAAGUGGUUAUGGAAGGAGAUGAAGAUGAAUCCAUUCCGGGAGAAGAAGAAGAAGUGGCCAGUAACGAUAAAGAUGAUCUGUAUGUGAAUGGAGACAAAGAACCCGAGAAGACUCUCAAAGUCAGUGGUCCUCGGAAGUACUCAGCAGCUCGGAAGAGCAAACCCAAAGACAAAAUCUAUAAGUGUGACCAUUGUGAUUUCACAGCUCCCACUUACGGUGAUCUUCGGCCACACUAUCUCGAUGUACAUUCUGGCCAUGUUUUUAUGUGCAACGUCUGCGAUCUAGUGUUCCUGUCUGAGAAAGCAUUACGGGUGCACUAUGCUGGUAAAAUGCAUCAGAUGAACUUGGUAAAAGGCAAUGAAACCAACUUGUAUACAUGCGAAGAGUGUGGUAAGAAGUUUGAUGAUGAGCGCUGGUGCCAGUUCCACGUCGAGGCGCAUCAUAAUCACAUGAGCAAUGAAGAAGCUGUAAGGGCUAAGUUUCGGGGCCAAGACAUCACUACCAGCCAGUUUCGAGCCUACUUGGACGAAGUUGCUAAGCAACCACGUGAUAGUUCCGUACAGUGUCCGGAAUGUUCUAAGAAGCUGAAAAAGGAACACGUGAUGGAACACCUCCGCAUGCACACGGGAGAAAAGCCGUUUGUCUGCAGGUUCUGCCAGAAUGGUUUCAUCUCUAGUCUGUCUCUGCGCCGCCACAUUCUGCGCCAUUUGGGUUUAACGGAACGCAAAUGUCAGAUAUGCGGCAAAGAAUUUCAAAAAGUUUUCUCUUUUAAUGUACACAUGAAGCAACACGAGAACAAUGAUGUGGGCAAGUUCACCCACAUGUGCGAUGUUUGCGGUCAGGCUUUCCCACUGAAAAUGCAGCUGGUUGCCCACAUGCGACGUCAUGGGCAGCGCAUCCAUAAAUGCCCCUUCCCCAAUUGCCGAUGGGACUUUGUUUUCAAAAGCGAACUAAAUAGCCACGUUCGAACACAUACUGGCGAAAAACCAUUUUUGUGUGACAUCUGUGGCUAUUCUGGCGCUACAAAGACUCGGCUAGCUCGUCAUUCGAGAAUCCACACUGGAGAGAGGACAUACCAUUGUGAUUAUUGCACGUACAAAGCCGGUAACAGUACCCACUUGCGGCGCCACAUGCGUAUACACAUUGGUUCCAAACCUUAUAAAUGUCCAUAUUGUUCUUACUCCUGUAAUACUCAUGAAAAUAUUCGUAAACACAUAACAAAAACCAAACGGCACAUGGGUCUGUUCAUUUACCCAUGCAAGUUUUGCCCAUUUGGCACAAACAGUACAAAAGAUUUCCGUAACCACUUGUUAGAGGUUCAUCAGGACCAGUGUGACCACAAAAGCCUCGAAGUUCUCUCAGUUUUUACAGGCCUUUAUAAUAAAGAGAUUGACCCCAGAAAACCCCCGGAAGGUAGUCAAAUUUUCCCAAUCAAAGAGCGUAAGCAGCGUGCACCAAGGAAUUCCCUUCCACCUAACCAGAUGGAUUUAUUGACUGAAGAGCAAGAAGAACAACAGCUCGAGCAAAUUCCUUACAAAGAGGUUGAAAGCAGUCCGUUGGAUGCGCAAGAGGUGACCGUCACGCCUGAGGCCCACUCUCUGCUUACUUCCGAGAUGAUUGCUGUUGCAAUGACCGAAGCUGCAGUGCCGACUCAUAUUGCAACGACGCAGCAGAUCACCACACAGCACACAGGUACUGUUGACACGCAGCUGGUGCAGGUUGCCGAAUCGAACAUGCACACCUUGCAAAACAGCCAAUUCCGCGGCGAUAUACUACAGCAUCCGCAGUUCCGCGCGGACACCAUCACUGCCGGUCACUUCCGUGCAGACGGACAGGUCAUAGCUCAAGCUCAAACGGUUGACCCAAACACUGCCUCCAAUGUCCUCUCUCUCACUGAAGCUCACUCUAUGACCUCGUCCUUAGAUUUAGGUUAUUGUACUACUAUAGAAUAUAUUUGCCUACCAUCAGCAAACGGUACAUAACUAUGGCUUAAAUGGUGACUUAGAAUUUAAAAUGAACAGACAGCCUUAAACCAGCAGAAUUUACUCAGUGAUAUUUUUUAAUCUUUAUUUUUAUUUUAUUUUUUUUUGCAAUUUUUUUAAAAAAAAAUUUUUGCUAUAUAUCUCCAGAAAAAGGUAAAAAAGACAACUUCCCUUAAAAAAGAAAUUGAAAGAAACUGUCUUUCUACAGAUGUUAGUAUGUUGUUGUUGUUGUUGUUGUUGUUUUUACACCUCACUAUAUAACACCUCCUGUGUUGUUAACUACUGUUUCUUCUUCCCUCCCAUUCUAAACAUACAAUCUUUCUCUCUCUCCCCUCUUACUUUCUCACCCUCUCCCCUCCUUUCUUCUCUUCCCCUCUCUUUUCUGUUUUUCUCUCUCCUCUUUUCUCACCCUCUCCCUUCCUCUCUUCCCCUCUCCUGUUUCUCUCUCUACACUUUUCUCACUCCUCUCUCUCCUCUUCCCACUAUCCCCUUUUUUCUCUCUCUUUCUCCUCUUCUCACUUGCCCUCUUUUCUCUUUCCCUCUUUACCUUUUCUUCUCUUCUACACACUCUCUCCUCUCUUCAUUCUCCCCUUUCUCUCCCUCCUUUUUACCAUUCUCUCCUUCCACAUUCAUCCUGCUUUCCUCUCUCUCUCUCUCUCUUCAGUUUCCUCCUUCCCCUUUCUCAGUCUCUCCUCAUUCUCCUCUUUCCCUCCCUCUUCAUUCUCCUCCUUCCCUCCCUCUUCAUUCUCCUUCUCUUCACUCUUCAUUCUCUUUCUUCUCCUCACUCUCCUCACUCUCCCUCUUUCCCUUCUCUCUUCAUUUCCCUUCUUCACUCUCCUCCUACACUUCCUCAAGCUUUUUAGAUUCAGUUUGAAUCCUCAGCCCAACCCUACCAACAAAGUCAGUCAGGGAACUUAACCAAUCCGCACAACAGCUAACAGCUGAAAGUUUCCCUUGAAGAACAAUUGACUUUUACCAAGGAUGAAGUGAACUAAGUGUCUGUGACCCCUAAUUUCCUCUUGUAGCCCUUAGACUGUGGGCAAUCACAUAUAGAAAGCUAACUGGACAUUUGACCCUUCAGCAUUUAAACUACUCUUAUUCAACCCAAAUAUACCACAUGUUUUGUAUUCAAACUGGCCAGAUCCAACCUCUUGGACAUACACUGCAAUGUCACCUAAUAAACAGUCUACAUCAUCAAAAUCUCAAAGCUACAAGAUAUGCAUGAUUAAUUCAAUACAGUGUGAAUCGAUAAGCCUUACAUUUGACAGAGUAAACUGAAUGGAAUUUUGAAAGGUGAAAGUCUUGCUCAAGCUUGACACACAUCUGUGUUUGCUUAACUGUUUUGAGACAUCUUAGUAAUCACUGGAUGUUUGAUUAUCACUUUGUAACAUGAUUUUCUUUUCCUUGGUUAGCAACUGUUAUUUCCUGUUUGCUUACCACCUAGAAAGUAUGGAAAAUGGCUAAUAUUUCCUUCAAGUUUUGCUUAUGUUACAAUUAUCGAAACCCCCCAAAGAAUCCCUCUCAGCAUAUGGUUAUGAUGCUCCCCGACUACUCGUGUUCAUGAUCAGAGAUGUACAUAUUGUCAACUACUCAGGGACAUGCUGAAGUGGUUAGGGUCAAGCAACUGACAAGCAAAUCUGUGGUAUUGAGCAGAAUAUUUGCUAUAAGGAUAUAUUUGAAUCCUCAGCCCAACCUUAACAACCCUGUUUCAGAAAUAAGGCCAUAAGGAUAUUUCUGAUUCAGCACUGAAUCUAUCUGAAAUGUAAUGGAAAAUAGGUCAGUUUGAAAAUAUUGAUGCCCAGGUCACAAAAGCAAAGUUUGAAGGGAAUAGUAGUCAUUUCCUGUGAUUUCUAGAUAGAAACAAAUAGGAAAUAACACUUACUGACCAAAAGCAAAAAAAAAAAAAAUUACAUUGUGCGUUAUUAGCUACUUGAAGUAACUUGAAAUAUGAUAUGGAUGACUUAAAUUGACAAUAGGUGUAACAACACAUUCUGGCCAGAGAAUAUAACACAAGUGGAUGAAACAUCUAUUUGAUCACAACAAUGACAAAAAAAAAAAAAAAAAAACCCUGACCCCUUUCUCAUCUGGCCCAAAAGACAACAAUUUCUGAAGCUACUGUUUUGUUGUGUACAGCUGUUGGUGUGGAUUUUAUGUAACCGAGAAGAUGGAUAUGUCUUUCAUCUCGUCAGACUUUUUUCACCCCCACAACCAUCCAUGCCCACUGGAGAUUAACCACAAUCUGAAUUUCACUGAGGAAUUUCUACUCCCGUUGUUUUUUUUUUUUUAUUUAUAUUUUUUUCUAACUAUUUUGUUUAAUUAUUUUACGGGUCUGAAAAAAUAUAAAUUAAAAAAAACAAUUUUAAAGGAAAAAAAAAAUGAAAAGAACCCCUUCUCAAAUAAAAUUAUCAGAUAAAAAGUUGCCUUCUUUUAAU